AUGAAGGAGAUACCCCAAGAAAUGUUCAGUUCAAUUGCUGGGCUCUUUGUUCUCCGCCUACUGACCAUGUUCAUUUGGAGUGAGUUACGCAAAUGGUUCCAAGGCCAUCUCGAUGGGAUGGACAUUGGCGAAACAUCAUUUCCUCUCUUUCUGUCGGUCAAGUCAAUGGCAAAGGAAAAGGACCACAUUGAAGGCUUUGAAUCAGAACUGGCAUGGCCUUACGAAGACCUUCUGGCGGUACCCAUUGUGCGUGGUCGAAAGACGGAAAAUGAACGAUUUGCUGAGGGUUACUAUACAUUGACCUUGGAAGGAUACAUCCCAUUCAACGGACGAGGCAUCCAGGGAGCUACCUCGCACUGCCUGGGUCAAAAUUUUAGCAAGAUGUUUGACAUCUCUGUCGAGGAUCCAGCCGGCCCGGGACGCAUCUAUGCCUGGCCGAACUCGUGGGCCUUUUCUAAUCGACUCAUUGGCGUUAUGGUUAUGAUCCACGGCGACAACAAGGGCCUGGUUCUACCGCCAGGGGUCGCUCAGAUACAAAUCAUGAUGGUUCCCGUCAGCAUCAACAGGAAAACUUCAGCAGAAGACAAGGACCGUCUGCUGGACCAGCUGUACGAGAUGCGCAAGACGUUGAAGAAGUUGGGGCUUCGCGUUGAGGUCGACACGCGUGAGGGAUACACCCCAGCGUGGAAGUUCAGUGACUGGGAGAUGAAGGGCGUUCCCCUAAGAAUAGAAUAUGGACCAAAAGACGCAAAGACCCAUGUUGUCAGCUAUGCAGUCAAGCACAACAACAGAAAGGGGACAAUGCCGGUUGCCGAGAUUGCGCCCCAGGCGUCCAGACUGCUCGAUCAGAUUCAGAAGGAUAUGUAG